AUGCAUCUGAGCUCAAAUGCUGCUCCAGUGCAUACUAGCCGCGUGACCUUGGACAGCGACCUGACCCCUGUGGGCCUCUUUUCACAGAGCCCGGCGUGGAGAAAAGCUCCCCACAAGCUAGCAGACGGCCUGGUGGGCUCGGAGAAGGGGCUAGAGAGUCGUGGUGGGGCGGGGCAGGGGUCGCCCAGGAGUUCCGCCGCCCGGCCACCAGGUCGCCGCCCUCUGCGAGGCGACGGCUGCGGGCAGAGGCUCCCGGUGCCUCCCCCGCCCCUCGCCGCAUCCCGGGCGGCGCCCCCACUCGGCGCCCGGCACGGAACGGGUGCGGGGCUGGGCCAGGGCCGGCCCGGGGGAGCCGGCGGGGCGGGGCCGCCGCGCCCCGCUCCCCCUCCCCGCCGCCCGCCGCCUUCUCCUCCUCGCGCCGCCGGGGCUCAGAACGGCGGCAGCAGCGGCCGCGGCCACAGCUCCGGCUCCGGCUCCGGCUCCUCCUGCGCCCGGGCCCCGCUCGGCCCUGCACGCCCGGGCCCCGCGCCCCGACCCCGCCGCCGCGCCUGCCGGGGGGCCUCGGGCGCCCCCGCCGCCCGCCUCACGCUGAAGUUCCUGGCCGUGCUGCUGGCCGCGGGCAUGCUGGCGUUCCUCGGUGCCGUCAUCUGCAUCAUCGCCAGCGUGCCCCUGGCGGCCAGCCCCGCGCGGGCGCUGCCCGGCGGCGCCGACAACGCCUCGGCCGCCGCCGCGUCCCCGGGCCCGCAGCGCAGCCUGAGCGCGCUGCACGGCGCGGGCGGCUCGGCCGGGCCCCCAGCUCUGCCCGGGGCGCCGGUGGCCAGCGCGCACCCGCUGCCGCCAGUACCCCUCUUCAGCCGCUUCCUGUGCACGCCGCUGGCCGCCGCCUGCCCGUCGGGGGCCGAGCCAGGGGACGCGGCGCCGGGCGAGCGCGAGGAGCUGUUGCUGCUGCAGAGCACGGCGGAGCAGCUGCGCCAGACGGCGCUGCAGCAGGAGGCGCGCAUCCGCGCCGACCAGGACACCAUCCGCGAGCUCACCGGCAAGCUGGGCCGCUGCGAGAGCGGCCUGCCGCGCGGUCUCCAGGAAGCCGGGCCCCGCCGGGACACCAUGGCCGAUGGGCCCUGGGACUCGCCCGCGCUCAUCCUCGAGCUAGAGGAUGCGGUGCGCGCCCUCCGGGACCGCAUCGACCGCAUCGAGCAGGAGCUUCCAGCCCGAGUGAACUUCUCAGCCGCCCCAGCCCCUGCACCCGUGGUGCCCACUGCCCUGCACUCCAAGAUGGAUGAGCUGGAGGGGCAGUUGCUGGCCAAGGUGCUGGCGCUGGAGAAGGAACGCAUGGCCCUUGGUCACAGCAGCCAGCAGCAGCGGCAGGAGGUGGAGAAGGAGCUGGACGCCCUGCAGGACCGUGUAGCCGAACUGGAGCACGGGUCCUCAGCCUACAGUCCCCCAGAUGCCUUCAAGAUCAGCAUUCCCAUCCGCAACAACUACAUGUACGCCCGCGUGCGGAAGGCGCUGCCGGAGCUCUACGCCUUCACCGUCUGCAUGUGGCUGUGCUCCAGGUCUGGUGGCACUGGCCAGGGCACCCCCUUCUCCUACUCGGUGCCCGGACAGGCCAACGAGAUUGUGCUGCUGGAGGCGGGCCACGACCCCAUGGAGCUGCUGAUCAAUGACAAGGUGGCCCAGUUGCCCCUGAGCCUGAAGGACAAUGGCUGGCACCACAUCUGCAUCGCCUGGACCACAAGGGAUGGCCUGUGGUCUGCCUACCAGGAUGGGGAGCUGCGGGGCUCUGGUGAGAACCUGGCCGCCUGGCACCCCAUCAAGCCUCAUGGGAUCCUUAUCCUGGGCCAGGAGCAGGAUACCCUAGGCGGCCGGUUUGAUGCCACCCAGGCCUUCGUGGGUGACAUUGCCCAGUUUAACCUCUGGGACCACGCCCUGACACCAGCCCAGGUCCUGGGCAUUGCCAACUGUACGGGGCCACUGCUGGGCAACAUCCUCCCAUGGGAGGACAAGCUAGUGGAGGCCUUUGGGGGUGCAACGAAGGCCGCCUUUGAUGUCUGUAAAGGCAGGGCCAAGGCAUGAGGGGCCACCUCGUCCAGGGGCCCCUCCCUUGCCUGCAAAUUCGGGGACCUUCCGGGGCGGGAGCACAUUCCCUCCUUAGCCUACCCACACGCACACUGGUCUCCUUCUUUGCCCCACUCCUGGCCAUGCCUCCCGUUUCCCCCACCUGUACCCACACCUCCAGAACGCCCUGCCCUUGAUGGCUGUCCCCUGAUCCCACUUGAAUGGGGACAAGCAGCUUGAGUCAAAAGGUCAAGCCUGGGGUGAGUCCAGGGCCUGGCAGGGGGUGCAUCGCAGUACCCAUGACUCUUGCCCCACCGCUGGCACUAGAGUGGAGCCAUCUCCCACCCCAUGUCCCCUUACCCAUCAACCACAGCUGAUUCCACUGAUCUCACAGCACCAUCCAUGGGGCUGUGUACAGGUGAAGGGCCCACUGUCUCAGUGGCAGGGAUGGUUAUCUGUCCCCUUUCCUCCGUGAGGCAGGCGUGCCCCCUUCCUCUUCAGGGCCAUUUUGGGCUGUGGAGCUGUCCCCCAGCUGAGAGAGAAUGAUAGAACCACACUGGAGACUCAGACUCACCCCCUUCCAUCUUUCCACCAGCUGCCAGUCAUGGGCAGGGGAAUCUUGAUGAAGCUUCUCCCCCCCAACCCCCACCCCCACCUGCACCCUUUCUUCCUCCUCUUUCCUUGUUUCUUUGUGUGCUGAAUGGUUGCUUUGAGUGUUGGUUCCAUGCCUGGCCCAGCCCCACCUCAAUUUCCAGGAUUCCCUUCCCAGCUCCAGCCUGGAGGGUUGGGGACCAAGAUCUCAGGAGGCCUACCAUGGCUGUGUCCACUGGCAUGGUCACCUUGCCCCUUCUGUGACCAGAACAGGGCCUGGAACACUUCAGCCUGGGCUGGGGACAGCAUGAGACAGAGGGGACAGCAUGGGACAGAGGCAUGUGCCCCAGGAGACCCAGGCUCUGGCAGAGCCACAGUACUGACCCGCUCUGCAUGGCCCUGCAGCCUUUGGGGAAGGAAAGAAGCAGAGAGGGCAGGGAGAAGCACGGAGUGGCGUGCAGAGCUCUGGACGAGAAGAAGGAGCCCCUGGUUCCUGGUCUCUGCUGCCGGCCUGCUGUGUAGUCUGCUGUCAGUCCCUGCUCUCCACUGGCUGGCCGUCCUCAUUUGUGAGCUUUGGUCAUUUAUGAGAGCUCUCCAGAUCAAAAGUAGGAUGGUCUAUGAUUCCAGGUGGAUAGGGUGGGACAAGCCUGAGAACCUACCUAGAUGUCAAGGCGCAUAGCAAGGGCAGGCCCUGGGACUGGGCAGCAGAUGGGAUCUGGCUAGGCAUGGGUCAGGGUCAGCAGCUGGCUCCAGAGAGUAAAGGGCAAGGGGAAGGGUCAAGGCAGACCAAAAUCAUACACAGAUUGUUAAGGUCAGCUCUUCUGGAUCACCCCCAACCUGCCACCCUUGCCCAUCUGAGUGUUUCAAAGGGCUAGUGGCUUACCUGGGCCCUACCCUUGAGUCCCCACCGGCUCCCCCAAGACAAUGGAAGAAUAUCAGAGCUGAGAAAAGCCACCCAGUCUGACCUCUUGUUGCUCAUAUGAGGAGGAGGUCAGAGAGGGCAAGUGACUUGCACAGGAUCACACAGCUCAAUGGAGCCAAGCUAGGACUAGAACCCAGUGCUCUUUCCCCCACACCAUACUCCUUGCCUGUGAGAGUCUUUUGAGUCCAGCCUAAACCUAACAGGAUGGACAUUUGAGGGGCCAGAAUGCUUUCCAACAUUCCAACAAUGCUUUCCAACACUGGACCACUUUCCUGUAUGAAACAUACAGACAUCUUGGCAUUCCCACCCCCGAUCCCUGGAAGGUAGGGUGGGAGAGAUGUGAUCUCCUGGCACUCUGGCAGGAAUGGAGAGCUGAGAACACUGGGGUCCCUCCCCAAUUACCUACCGGGUGUCUGGACAGAUGUUGGCUACUUAAGUCAGAUGGGUACUGGUGGCAUUUUGUUCCUUUGGUUCCCUGUCUCUGCUCCCCACAUCCACUUAGCCUGAGGCACGAUGCCCAAGCUACAGACUGUGGGGCGCAGGGCCAUGGAGGCUUUUCCAAGACUUGUUGCUUCCAGCCCCCAGAUCCUCAUUUCCAUUUCAAGAGCGCAAAUAGACCAUUCACCACUUCCAGCCCUACUACCCCUAGAAGGAGGGAUGGUGCGCUUUAGCCAGAACCUGCCGAGAUCUAGUUGCCCUGGUAACAGCCAAUGACAUCAGCCCCACUGCUGGGUCAAGCAUCUCAUGAUGACAUACGCUGUUGCUGGGGUGACGGCGAAAUUUGGAAUUUAGAUUUCAGGAACACUGGGCUUUAUUGGGUUCAUGUUAUUGUCUUUGAGGGAGCAGCUUUUGUGGAGGCCUGGAGGGGAAAGAAAGAAUCUUAGGAAGGAGGUGAUAGAACUUGUUUGGUCACUCGAGCCCACCCAGAAACAUUGUCCCAAGUCCUUUAUGCUUUGUCAUGGUGAUCAUGAGACUUCUGACCUGUGCUGAAUCACCCUGGUCAGCCCUCCAGAGGGAACAGGAACAAAACCAGAGAUGUUGCCAUGUAGGCUCUGAGUCUGGGCCAUCGGUGAGUGGCCUGGGUACCUAUUUACAUUCCAGAAUGAUGACUGUCCCAAGUCCCCACUCCUCCAUCUACUGAUUAUCCUUCUUUGCUGAAUGCCUGUUAUUUGGACUCCAGCUUUGACCUUCAGCUACUCCCAGGCACAGCCAAAAAGAUGGGGAGGAGAGAGGUGCUCAGCUGCGUCCUCGAACUACUCCCAGCUGAAAAUGAGGCUGGACCCAUGUCUGUUACACCCUUGUAACCUUGCCAUGCUGGGCACCUCACAGGGAUCAACUCAUUCACCCUCACAACAGUUCUAAGUAGGACUGUUCUUAGUCCCAUUGUACAAGUAUAGAAAUGCAGGCCCAGAGAGGUUAAGUAACCUGCCCAUGUAAAUCAACCCACAAGUGAUGGAACCCAGCAUUCAAAGCCGGUGACAUCCAGGGCCCACCCUUCAGCCUGAGGGGACAGGCGCUACCAUUGCCUGUGGAGUGGGAUUUGGCUAUCUACUGCUCCUGAGCCUGUUCACCCUGACCCAGAGGAACACAGAGGUGAGGGAUGGACUGGCCCCUGGGCCAGAGUCCCCUUGAGUGAGUCCAAGGGAGGGUUCUUAGCCCCUUCAGGGAGCACGUCCCUGUGAGGGGUGCUCACAGCCCAGCCCUUCUCUCACUGGCUGGAGUUUCCAGGACAGCUGAAGGGAGAGGAAGCUGGGUGUCUCCCAAGAGUCCCAGGCUGCAAAGGGGAGAGAGCUGACCCUUCUCAAACCCCUGCUUUGGGCCCAGCCCUGCGCCAGGUGCUUCACAGCUCUUAUCUGCCAGACUUUCCCACCUUGUGGCACAUGGCACCCCUAACCAACAUCCCAAGAGGCUGAUCACCUUGCCACAUUUGUGCAAGACCUGGACCACAGGUGUGGACAGGAAGGGCUCCGAAGCCCUCUUUUUACAGAUGAAGAUGCCAGGGCCCAGGGAGGAUGAGCAGUCUUCGGGGUUACCCAGCCGGGAUACUGGGAGACCUGAACCCAGCUUUCUGACUCUGCAUUCAGUGCUCGCUCCAUGAUGCAGUGGUCCUAGCCCCCCCUCAAAUGAGUCCCCUCUUCACUGUGUUUCCCAGCAUCCUUGCUCUGAGCAAACCGGGGAAGGGACACCGCCCCCCAAAAACAGAUGGAUUCAUUCUCUUCACCGUCUUUGUCCCAACUGCCUGCCACUCCUAACCCGUCCCCCUGGCCCCUGACCCUGCUGGGUGGGGAAGGGGCUCACAUGGGCCCAGGCUGAGCAGUGAAUGAGCAUGUCGAGCUGUCAGACUCUGUGAAAUUAGUGCAUCCUACUGGCAACCCGCCUCCCCGAUCCUGCCUGAUUUUGUACAUAAAGUGACAUGAGAUGCAACAUGUGUACGUAUGUGUGUGCGCGCGCGUGUGUGUGUAUGUUAUGUCAUGGUUUUUGUUACUUUUUGUUUUUGUAAAUUUGAAUGUCCAAAAUAAACGUGAUGUUUACUCUGA